CAUCCUGACGUCAUUGUUAUAUGUAACAGAAACCUUCCUGUAAUGCAUAACUGCGCGCGUCUCCUUCGGUACACCUGCAGUCAUGAGCAGCAGAGAAGACAAAGCAGCGUCCGCGCGACAAGUCCUGACCAACCCAAAGCUCCAGCAAAAGCAAAAGGGAAGAGUAAGAAGCAGCAGAGAGAUCACCAGAAUAGUGACACAGAGGAUCAAUCUCCGGAAUGCGCCGAGGACAAGGGCGAACUAAAACGGGGAAGCAGAAAGCGACAGAGUAAAAAGGAGAAAGAUCCUCGUGACUGUGAAAGUGAAGACAAACCUCAUGAAACACCGGCACCAAAACGGGGAAGCAUUAUUCGACAGAGUAAAAAGCAGAGAGAUCCUUCAAACAGAGAUUGUGAGUCUCUGGAGAUCUCCGAGAGAAAAUCCGAAGAAAACACCAGUGUGACAUCUAGAAGUGCCUCUGUUCAUGAUAACGCUAACAACUCUGGCGAGAAUGACAGACAAGACAGUGCAAAAAGCAAGCGACAGAGUAAAAAGAAGACAAAUCCCCAAGACUGUGAAAGUGAAGACAAACCUCAGCAGACCGCCAAGAGCAAGUCCGGUGAAAAAACAGCACCAAAACGACAUAGUAAAAAGCAGAGAGAUCCUUCAAACCUUGACAGAGAACAAUCUCCGGAAAAUUCCAAGAGCAAAUCAGAAGAAAAAUCCGUUGCAAAACCUAGAAGGCUGCAUGGAUCUGCUGCUGAAACAGACUUUAUUGGCGCGAGGAACACACAGGAUGCUCCUCCGGCGCUUAGCGCGCGCAACAAGAAAAGCGCAGAAAAAACUGCAACGAGAGGACUAAGCGUCGAUGACACACUGGGAAAGAUUCUUAAAGACACUAUUGAGAAAUUAAAGAUCAAGAAGUUAGAGCGGUCUAACGCAUCCAGUUGUGUUAAUGACAUCACGGAUAAAGUCAUUGCACAUCUUAAACAAAACACGACCUGGUGUGCAGAUAUCGAGAGCUUACGAACGGGAAGUUAUUACGAAAACGUUAAAAUUUGUGAACCAGAUGAAUUUGAUGUCAUGCUGACUAUUCCUGUAGAGAGAGUGAAUAUAGAGCAGUUCGAUGAGGCUGGAGCAUUUUACAGUGUUGCACUGAAACGACAUCCGAAUAAACAUCCUCUGGACAGGUUCCUAAAUGAAGACAAGACCAUUCAGGCCAGUAAAAUGCUGAGUGAAUUCAGAGAUGCCGUAAAGGAGGCCUUGGAGAAGCUUCAAUCUAAUCUUUCUAUAGACAAAAUUGAGAUGCAGAGAAAGAAGGCAAGGUGCCCUGCAGUGACAUUGGAAGUAAUAGCAAAUGGAAAGACCAUCUCCAUUGACUUCGUUCUCGGGCUUAAGGUUCACCGUGCAAGCUGGCCAGACUUUACAAAAGAUGGCUUCAAGAUAGAAAACUGGCUUGGUAAAAAGGAAAAAGCUGAUAUGAAGCGUCAACCAUUCUACCUGGUGCCUAAAUAUGUGGGGAAAGGAGAUGCAGAGCAUGAAGGAGUUGUUGCAAAAGAUUCCUGGCGAAUCUCUUUUUCACAUGUUGAAAAAGAAAUUCUGAAAAGGCACGGCCACUCCAAGACAUGCUGCGAGGCCGCUGGAAAGAAAUGUUGCCGGAAGGAGUGUCUAAAGCUUCUGAAGUAUCUUCUUCAAAAGCUCAAAGAGGAUGACUCCAAAUCCAAUAAAAUGUCCAACUUUUGCUCCUAUCACGCAAAGACCACCCUGCUCCACGCUUGCGCUACAAGGGGAGAUGACAGCCAGUGGGCAUACAGUCAGCUGGCCGACUGCUUCCAGCAGCUUUUGGAAGACUUUGUCAAACACCUAAAAGAUCGUCAUCUCCCUAACUUUUUCAUUCCAUCCCAUAACCUCCUACAGCAAGCCACUCCAGGUAGCUGUAAAUUUCUGGCAGAUGAGAUUGAAUCACAACGCAAUAAUAACUUCCCUAUUUUCAGUUCUUUAUGAUUUUCUUUUAAUUGCAUUUAUGUAUGAUUUAUCUUGAUAGUUAUCUGUAGUUCAAUUCAAUAAACAUCUUCCAAAUAGUUUUCAAAGGCUUUUAUUUGAUACACAUUCAACUGAACAAGAUAGUUAUGUCAUCUAAAGUUAAGGGCGUUUUACCUCACAUCAACGUAGAUAACAAUAAUAAAUGUUACUGAACUGGAGAAAAAAAAAAAAAAAUUCCCAUUAAAGAAACAUCAU